UGACUGGAGAUGUGUUUGAUGUUGGGAUAGGACGUAAGUUAAUCUGCCCUAGCAUGCCACUAUCAGAGACAGAAUGUUGACUGGAGAUGUGUGUGAUGUUUGGCUAGGAAACACCUGGGUCAGUUCUACCGACGAUGAUGUAAUCAAACGCCUCAAUGCUGGUGGCACCCUUUCGCCCGAUAUUGGUCAGUUCGACUUGCUUGGAAAGUGGUUUGAUAUAUGUGAUGAAACCCAUCAGUCUUGUGGCAAGAGUACCGACACUUGGCCAACAAGGGUGGUUUUUGUCGGACAUUCGAAUAAAAAUUCCUUGCAGCUGCAAGAGCUUGAAAGUUCCGUUGACUACAUAGCAUUAUCUCACUGUUGGGGUGAUAAGACCCUUGAAAGAGAACAGUGUCUAACCACCGAUCGCAACUACAGUCAGCGAAAACAGGGGUUUCAGUAUGACCAGCUUCCACGCUUAUUUCAAAAUGCUAUUGAAGUGACGCGCAAUCUUGGGAAAGAUUAUCUCUGGAUCGAUGCUCUCUGUAUCAUACAGGGAAAUAAGGACGAUUGGCAAAAAGAAGGUAAAAAGAUGGAAGAUGUCUUUGCUUCUGCAUACUGCACCAUUGCACCGAGCUCAGCAACAUGUUGGGUAGACGGCUUUCUCUCCAAUUUUCCGACAAAAAUUCCGAUUCAUAAAGUGUGUCAGAGUCCCAAUCCGGAGCACGAUUUCUCUCAACACGUGGAUAAUGGUCCCUUAAGCAAGCGAGCGUGGGUACUGCAGGAGCGAAUACUUUCACGCCGGACAAUCUUUUUUACCUCGCGAGGCAUCUACUGGGAGUGUGGCAACGGUGUUCGGUGCGGAAAUCUCACCAUUCUAAAAUGCCCUCUCUCAAGAUGGUACUCAAUAGAUUCCAAUUUUCCUUCAAGACUGCAUAUUUCGGGGGUUUCAUCAACAAUCACAUUUCUCCAAGAACUCAUUAAGGACUACACUAGUCGUUGCCUUACCGUUAAGACAGACAGGGUCCUUGCGUUCUCCGGGUUAGCCAAACGGAUAAGCAAAGCGUUGGACACAUAUGAGAACCAUGGAAUCUUUGAAAAUGUUAUGCACAGGCUCCUUUUAUGGAAGCGACCUGAUUCCAAGACAAAGCCACUUGAUUACGAACAGUUCAAACCGCCAUCCUGGUCUUGGAUGGCAUAUAACGGGCGUGUUGAUUUUAUGACGGUUUCACCACUCCGGGUUUCAAGACGUCUCAGAUUCGCCCACGAUCACUUGGAGGUCGAAAUUCGAACGUUCGCGGUUGAAAUGCUCAAGAAUUGCGAGAUGCGAAAAGACAAAGAAUAUUAUACUGUCAUUGCAGGGCAGAAAGAAGUGGGCUCCUUUUAUUUCGACACAGACAAGACCUUAUUUGAAUCCUGUGUUGUCAUUGGGAUAGAUAAGGAGGACAGAGACGAUGUUUCUGACAAGAUAUACUAUAUACUGAUCGUGGACAAAUGUUGGGGACAAGGCUGUUAUCGAAGGCUGGGUGUUGGAAAGAUACAAGCACGCUAUGUUUCGGAGGAAAACGGGGACGGCAAGCUUGUCUGAGUUUUAAGAAAGUAUAACUACCAAAGGCUUUCUCAACUACGGCCUGAACUGGUACUGGGACGCAUGCUGUGAGAGAACUGCCAAGCAAAUGGUUCGAGGUUCAACCCUCCUUUAUCUGUG